CAUUAGUCGUGACGCUAUUGCUUUGGUCUUUUUUUGCGCGAACAAGCAACUCUGUGGCAUAGAAGAAUUCGGCGCGAGAAGGCUGAGUGAAAUUAGACCCUGCAGCACUUAGUGGAGGUUCCUCUGCCUUUAGACAUCUGCUGAAAUGGACAACUGUGAUAUCAUGGUGAAGGAGCUGGACAAGCGUGCCUCAGGCCAUGCCUUCGAGGUGAUCCUGAGCCCCACGGCCUGUGAAGGGAAGUGCGAGUUCCCCCUGUCGCCCCCCAAGAAGAAGGACCUUUCCCUGGAGGAGAUCAAGAGGAAGCUGGAGGCAGCUGAGGAGAGGCGCAAGUCCUAUGAGGCCUCAGUGCUGAAGCACCUGGCAGAGAAGCGGGAGCACGAGAAGGAGGUGCUGCAGAAGGCCGUGGAGGAGAACAACAACUUCAGCAAGAUGGCCGAGGAGAAGCUGAACCAGAAGAUGGAGGCCAACAAGGAGAACCGCAACGCCCGCAUGGCAGCGCUCAACGAGAAGUUCAAGGAGAAGGACAAGAAGCUGGAGGAGGUGCGGAAGAACAAGGAGACCAAAGAAGGAGAGAACUGAGCCAUGUCUGCGUCUUUGGCGUUUUUUACCGAUCCAAAGAGUUGUUUUUGGUUUAGUUAAACGGUCAGUAUUUAGUUAAGUCUUGUUCUCUGCCCUCCUCGUUACACAGGGGGAGGAGAAGGAGGAAAUCUGCAAGUUCACCGUUUUUUUUUAUUUGUAUUUGUUGGAGGGUGGGAGCGGGUGGGGGGUUGUUCUCUUGGUCAUGGACAUUCCUUUCUGAGUUCUGUUUUUGUAUCUGUAGUCAUCUCAGCUUAUUGACCUUCGAGACACGCAGAGUUAGACUAUGAACACGCAUGCAUGUUAUGCAGAAGUCUGUGACUUUGUCUGGUGCAUAGAGUUUAAUCUGUACCUGUGUAGUGUCAGACUGCUGUUCUCUGGAGCUUAAUAAAAGCACACGGUUUUUGUUUUU